AAUGCAGAUGGAGGAUCGGUGUGAAAUAACGGGCCCAUAUAAAUCCCUCUGCCGCCCGCCUGCAAGAUGGAUUGGCCGCAUUGAAAUUCCUCCGCGAGGAUAAUUAAACUCGGGGCCUCAUCCGGGCAAAAUUACAUUCCUGUAAUGGCGUCGCUCGGGGUCCCGGGAAAUUGCUCCGUGGGCUUUCAGCGGCGGUUUUUAUCGCCGGCCGGGGUGUGCCUGGCUGCGGCUCGCCUCUCCUCCGGGACCGUAAAGCUGCUGCCGUGAUUUAUCCUCCCCUUCUCCCAAAUCCGAUUAAAUGGAGGAGCUCGGGGCCGGGGCGCCGCGGGGCCCGGGAGCCGGGAGGGGGCGGCGGGAAGGACGGGGCCAAGGAGGGGAGGACAAACGGCCCCUCAGAGGGUGGCGGAUUUGCCUUUAUUUACAGCCGCGGCUUUCUUUUUAUUUUUUAUUUUUUAUGGGGUUUGGUUGAGUUUUUCCCGUCUUUCUCGUGCUGCGUUCAAGCACGACGCAGGGACGGCAGGGAUUUGGAACUGGGUAGGCCUUGUCGCUCUGCUCCAAAGGGCAGGGCAGGUCCUGUCUGGGAGACAAGAAGGCCGAGAAAAGAUGAGGGCCAGAAAGCCGUCCACCUCGGGAAGGACGAGCGAAGGGGAGAGAAGACGGGCGUUUAGGAGAGCAUCUGGGGGAGGAGGGUGCUGCUUAUUCCCGCUCGCGUGGGUGAAACCUGAGCAGAGGCUCGGGCAAGCCUGGAGUGACCUCGCAACCUUACAGCGGGUCGCAGGUGCCCGUUAUUCCUAGACUGUCCCAGGAGUCAGGAAAAAGAGCUUCGGAUCAUAUUUAGCCCUAUCUUCUGGCUCGCCGAUGCUGCUUUUCUCACGGUUUAUCACAGGAAUGGAAAGGAGGAAACGGGAGGGGGGGAAAGGGCGAAGCCACCAGAAGCAGCUGUGACAUUUUGCUGACUAUUCGCUCAUUGGGCCGGCUUGCCAUCCAGUGAUGCCAGGUUCUCGAAGCGACAUAAAGCAGGACUCCCAGGAUCUUCCUCCUGCUGCAUUUUAGGCACUGAACCCCAACCCGACUGUAUGUUAACACUGAAUUCUGAGUGGUAGUUUUGUUUCGGCAGUGUGACUGCGCAUGCUGGGAAAGGGGACGCCAGUCCGAGAUCCCAAACGCUGUACAGACCAAACCGCACGCCACGUUACGGAUCGGCUUACUCAGUUGGCCUCAUUUCUCUGCACACUGUCGGCUUUCCCUGUAGUUUCUCCUCUCGAACGCCAGGUGGGGCAACUGGCCGAAUACCGCCACAGCCCUGGCAGGCGGCGCUGUGGUGCCUGGGCCGAUUCUCUCCACGUUGCAAUCGCUCUAUCUGCGGCGGAGCGACUCGUUGGCCCGGGCCACGCAUGCGCUGAGCCUUCGUUUCGCUCUUCCCGCCGCUCUGCCCCUCCUCUGUCUUCUCUGCACUGGGAGCAGGUCAAGAGCACCUCACAGCUGCUGAGCCGUCCACUAUCUGCAGUUUUGCUGAAACGACCGGAGACACUGACAGAUGAGAGCCCCAGCAGCUUGGCAGUCUCACGUCCCCUUACCUCAUUUGUCUCUAGCCGCAGCUUCCAAACCAGCGCCAUUUCAAGGGACAUCGACACAGCCGCCAAGUUCAUUGGGGCUGGGGCUGCCACAGUUGGGGUGGCCGGCUCUGGGGCUGGGAUUGGGACUGUGUUUGGGAGCCUCAUCAUUGGUUAUGCCAGCCAGCCCUGGACUGUUUAGUCCCGCCAACUCUGGAUAACUCACCAUUAAAACCAAAUUAAUCUUCUAGAGACCAGUAAGUUCUCUUAAUGUCUUUUAGGAAAUAGAGUUCUUUUUAAGAGUUUGUAUUAAACAAGAAGUCUAACUGCCACUUUAUUCACUAUUCUGUUAAAUGCUGGUGUUGAUAUACCUUACCCAUCAAGACUUCUGGAGGUAUCAGAGUAAGGGAAAUACAAAUUAUAUAUUGGCUUUCAAUGUUGGGAGUCCUUUAUCCAUACUACUACAACUCAUAUCAUAAACCCCACAGACCAUUUGUAACUUUUUUUUUUUUUUAAAACUAGUCUCACUGUAG